CAAAGUUUCUAAUUUUUGUCCUCGUUAAAUUUAAAUCGAAAUUACAUCAAAAACGCAAAGAACACCUCAUAGUUCAAAGUCCAAACGAUUUCCUAGAUUAAAUCCAUAUCUAAACGCAAGGUAAGGAUGAAAUUGGCAAAAAAAUCGUUUUACAAACAUCAGUUGCGUUCAAGAUCCCAGACGGACCGCACACGACCGUUACAAAACGAAAUUUAACGAGAAUUAAAAAUGACACAACCCAUAAACGGCGUAAAUGGAUGUAACGGUGUGAACGGGAAGUCUGAGAGCUUGGAUUAUGAAGAAAUUGAAAUUCCAGUACCAUGGGGUAUUAUUAGUGGAAAAUGGUGGGGCUCAAAAGAACAACAACCAUUUCUUGCAUUACAUGGUUGGCAAGAUAAUGCAAACACUUUCGAUAAUUUAGCCCCAUUGUUGAUACAGGAAGGUCAUUCAAUUCUAGCGAUUGACCUACCAGGUCAUGGUCGAUCAUCACAUUAUCCUCAAGGAACUUACUAUUACAUUUUCUGGGAUGGUAUCCACUUAAUAAGAAGAAUUGUAAAACAUUUUAAAUGGGAAAAAAUUGAUUUAUUAGGACACUCAUUAGGCGGUAUAAUGUCGUUUUUAUACGCCUCAGUGUACCCUGAAGAAGUAGGAAAAUACAUCAGUAUAGAUAUAGCAGGCCCAGUUACUAAAAGUGAAAAAACCCACCAAAUUCUCGGUGGCUCUGUUGACAAAUUUUUAGAAUUUGAUAACUUAGAUGAAGAAAAAACCCCAACUUACACAUACCAAGAAGCUUUUGAUAUCUAUAAAAAGGCCUACGAAAAAAAUGCGAAUGAAGAAUCAUGUCGGAUAUUGUUAGAGCGAGGUUUAAAAAAGAACGAAGAUGGGAGUUACUCAUUUGCGAGAGAUUUACGAUUAAAAGUAUGCGCGUUAGGAUUCUUCACUGUUGAUCAAGUGAUGGGGUUCGCACAAUGUGUUAAAUGUGAUGUUUUAAACAUCAGGGGUAAUCCAGGUAUGGAUUUUCCCCCAGAAAGAUAUGAUGCGGUUUUAGAUGAAAUUGAAAAAACCUGUGGGAGAUUAGUACGAAAAGUCGUUCCAGGAAAACAUCAUUUACACCUUGAUAACGCAAAAGACGUAGCCAAUGUUAUUAUUGAGUUUUUACAAGAUUAUUAAUUAUUCAUUUGAAUUGGACAAAAAAAUCAGGUUAAUGAGACUUAGUUUUAAUUUGUUGUAGACUAUAUUUAACGUAUUAUUUAUUAUUUUAUGUUUAGUGUGUUAGUGUAAGGUUGAACUAUGUGAUACACAAAGCCUUUAUUAAAUAAUUAAUAAAUUA